AUGGCUUUCUCGAAGAGCUCGAAGAGUACGCCCUGGACUGAUGAACAGUUGAAGGCAAAGGUUGGGCAGCUCUUCAUCGUGGGAUUCCAUGGUCACGUGGCUAGCGAAGACAUCAAGACGCUGAUCAAGGAACACAAAGUCGGAGCAGUCAUCCUGUUUCUGCGGAAUGUCGAGAGUGCUACCCAACUUCUGAAUCUCACUAACUCUCUUCAAGAGACGGCAAAGGAGGCCGGUCACAAACAAGGACUCUUCAUCGCCAUUGACCAAGAAAAUGGGCUGGUCACCCGGAUUAAGUCCCCAGUGGCAGCCCAGCUUCCCGGUUCCAUGGCGCUGGGAGCCACUGGGGACCUCCAGAAUGCAUACGAGAUCGCAUUUGCCACGGCUGAAACGUUGAGGAGCUUCGGGAUCAACACCAACUACGCUCCCGUCGCCGACGUCAAUUCAGAGCCCAAGAAUCCGGUCAUUGGAGUUCGGUCUCCUUCCGACGAUCCAGAGACUGUUGGCAGAUUCGUAUCUGCACAGAUGAAAGGUUUCUCGGAAGGAGGCGUCAUUGCUUGCGUGAAGCAUUUCCCGGGCCAUGGAGACACUGCUGUCGAUUCUCAUUACGGUCUUCCUGUUAUUACCAAGAGUAAGGCUCAGAUGAACGCCUGUGAGUUGGUGCCGUUUAGAAGAGCAGUUUCCGAAAACGUGGACUCUGUUAUGACGGCGCAUAUUGCCAUGCCAGGCAUUGGAGAUCCGAAUUUCCGCGAUGAUCACUCUUCGAAGACGCUACCCGCAAGUCUGAACCCGGACGCGAUUAGGAUCCUUCGAGAGGAGAUGAAGUAUUCUGGGAUGAUUGUCAGUGAUUGCCUGGAAAUGGACGGCGUGAGAGCUACUUUCGGAACGGAGAAGAGUGCUGUGAUGGCGCUCAAGGCCGGAACCGACUGUGUCAUGAUAUGUCAUACCAUGUCGGCUCAGGUUGGGGCGAUUGAGCGAGUUAUUGCAGCCGUGAAGUCGGGAGAAUUGUCCCAAGACUCUAUCCAAGCAUCCGUUGAAAGGGUGGAAGCGCUAAAGUCAAAAUACGUCUCAAGUGCCACCAUUCCUCCAUCAAGCCUUUCUGAUGCCGAAGCUAGAAUUAGCAAGCAAACUGCACUGGCUUCAAAGAUCUAUGCCAAGAGUACAACUGUCGUUCGAAGCGUUGCCGGAUCAUUUCCUAUCUCGGCUCACUCCAGUAAGAGGAUCGUGUUUGUCAGUCCUGGAGACCCGCCUCUUGGGGGUGGUGCAGUUGAAAGUGGCGAGGCGAAGACGAGAGAACCACCAGCAACGUACAUCGACAUACUCUCUGCUCAAGAUCCAGAGAUCAUCGGCGUCCGACUCUACGAUGGUGUUCCACUUUCUGCUAAAACCGAGAAAUCUAUCGAAGAAGCAGACACUGUCAUUUUUGCAACGAUAAACGCCAGCUUGAGCCCGUACCAAAAAGACUAUGGACUCGCCCUUGGGAAGAAACUAGGGAAUAGACUAAUUGUGAUUGCUACCUGCGGUCCUUAUGAUUAUCUCGAAGAGGAGAAUGAAAUCAAGAACUAUAUCACUAUUUAUGAGCCAACAAUUCCAGCUUUCAAGUCGGCAGUUGACAUUAUCUUCGGCAAAUCCGACCCAUUGGGCUCACUCCCUGUCGGGAUAACACCUACCAAGGAUGAUAUCCGCUCAUUAACGAAGUAG